UUUUUUAUUUAUGAAAACAAACAAGCUACUCUGUAAGUUCUGUAAAAAUCGUGGAUUGUAAAGUCUUGUAAUGUAAAGUUAUCUGUCAAGUCCCUAACCUUUGCGAUUGUUGUCGGUAUCGAAAAAUAUACGAAAAAUACAAGUUGGAAAAUGCCGACCGUCAUAGCUUUGGAUGUAUCUUUGUCAAUGAGAAGAUUAGUCGUUGGAGCAAGUGUAAAUGAAAAUGUGCCAAAUGAACAGUUAACAAGGCAUCAGCUGGCUGUUCAUGGAAUAAAUACCAUCUUACAUCAUUUACAAAACCACUCAAAACUUGAGUUUGUUUCAUUGAUUGCGUUUUCUUCAUUUUAUGAAGUUGUAUGUCCAUUUACAAGAGACUAUGAAUCAAUAAGAUUAAAAUUACAAAGCAUAGAAGAGUGUGAUAGAACUUGUUUAAAAACUGUAUUACAUUAUAUUAAUAGUAUCGUGAUUUCUGAAUGGGGAAGUGCCACACCUUGUCAAGUCAUUUUAAUAACUGAUGGCAAUCCUGGAGUAGGACUUAUGUCCUUGAACGAUUCUUUAAAUUCUUCCAGUUUUCUAAGAGACACUGGAUUUUCACUACCAUUUGUGUUUCCUGGAAAACUUACUGUAGUUUGUAUAUCUAAUCAAACAGAUUUGAUGAAUUCUUUGCCUCUGUACCAAAAGCUGGUUGAUUUGGCUGGCAAUGACAGCAUGCUUGUAGUGCCUGAAGGUCAACUAUCGAUAUCAACAGUUACAAACUGCUUUAAAAAGUUGACUGAAACAAAUUACGUACCAUUUCAAGGAUAUUUAAAAUGUGGUCAUCUUGGUUCAAGAAUCAUAGUAUUUCCACCACCAAUUCCAUACACCAAAAAAGCAGAUUUUGAAUUACUGACUGGCUUGACUAUAUCUAGGACUAUAGAAAUACGUGGUUUUAUACCUGUGGCAGAUGUUGGCAGUCCAACUGCCAUAUCAAGACAUUUAGUUUUGCCAAUGCUAACUGAUAAAACAUCAAGCAUGCAAGGUAUUUCAAUGGAAGAAGACUCUGAUAUCGAAGAUAUUACAGAUGAAGACAAAAUACCAUCCUUUUGUGUCUUGUUACAUGGUGCUUUAAAGGUUGAAAAUAUGGCAGCUCUAUGCUUGUUAAACACGGACUGGUAUGGCUUUAUUUACUCACGAGCUGAUACAAAAAAAAAGUCAAACCUUAUGCUCACUGUUCUCGAGCAUGGUGCAGAUGUUGUCCCUUGGCUGAGCAAUUUCCGAAACCUCGGCCCUAUUGAUUAUAUUAUUUACAAUAAAAAUGCUGAAGUUUGUAGUUUUCCGAUCAGGCCAUCUGAAAAAAGAAGUUAUUCACAAAACGCACCAUCUUGGAUCAGGCAAGUUGGUCUACAAUCUGAUAUACAGAAGAUACUAAGGCACGCGAAAAAACUGCCGGAAAAAACACAAAACUUUUACAAAGAACUCAACAGACUUCGUCGAGCAGCUUUGUCAUUAGGCUUUAUUGAAUUAUUAGACGGUUUAGCGCUUAUUUUUGACAGAGAAUGUACGAUGCUACCAUCAAAUUUGAAUGCCGACUGUGCAAUUCAAAUGAGACAUUGCGCUGAAAUGUUGAGAAAACCAUUUUCUCGUGAACUUAAAAACAACAUAACACCAUUUAGGACAAAGUUUUCACCUAAUGAAUAAAUAUUUUCAUGCACUAAGAAAUUAUAAGUUCUUGAUUCGAAA